ACCCUGGUGGAACAGGGGUGAUUCUUUUCUGUGGGACACUGUCUGGAGGGAACCAUCCUGCCUGCAUCCUGAUGGGAGUGAGAACUCAGGGGACAUCUGUUCUAGAGAGGUGCAGAGUGAAGAGAGCAUCCUUGCUCCAGAGCUGCCAUCUAAGGGGUACAGCACCCCUGAGUCUGCUCUUCCCUGUCCCGGGACUCGGAUCCCCACAGUGGGGCCACCCUGCGCUGAGCGAGCAGCAGUGUUUGUUUUGAGCCCCUCAAGACAACAGGCUCAAAAGCACAUUCCCCGUGUAGUGGAGCAGCACGAGUCUAAGCAAUAUAGGAGGGCAUUCUUGUAUGCUCAACACUUUGAAUUUCCCUUGGACACUCCGAAUGCACAGAAUUCUUCUGACUAUCAGCAAGGUGGACCUGCUCUGAGUCAACUAUUACACCUGAGUGACCCUGAGGAAGUCCAGACACAAAAGAAGCAUUAUACAUGUCAGGAAUGUGGGAAGACCUUUACUCGAUCCUCAAACCUUUCUGCGCACAUGAAAAUUCAUACUGGAGAGAAACCUUAUACAUGUCAGGAGUGUGGGAAGGCCUUUAAUCAUUCCUCAAACCUUACUGUGCACAAGAAAAUUCAUACUGGUGAUCAACGUUAUACAGAAUGCAGACCACAAGUUCAGGAUUUGGCAUUUCAGCAAUUUGCUUUUGGAACAGGAUCUCCAAAUUGGAUCAAGAUGGGAAACAGCCAUCUCCGGUGUAACAGGGCUGAUCCUGUGCUGUGGGACACAGUUUGGAGAGAACCAACCUGCCCACAACCCAAUGCAAGUGAGGAUUCAGGGGAUAUAUGUUCUGGAGGGGGGAAAAGAGAAGAGAGUGUCUCUACUGUGGAGCCACUGACCACUGGAUAUAGUGCCCCUAAGUCUGCUUCACCACGUCGCUGGAUAUGGACCCCUGCUGUAGGUCUGCCCUGGGCCAGGCAAGCAGCAGUGUUUGCUCUAUGCCCCUCACGGCAACAAGGUCAGAAGCAUUUUCCUCAUGGAGUGGAGCCACCCAAGUGUAAGCAGUGUGGGGGGAGUUUCCCAUGUGUUCAGCAUCAUAAUGUUCCCUCAGACACCCCCAGUGUACAGGAUCCCUCUGACACUCAGCAAGGUGAACAUGCUCUGAGUCAACCUUCACACAUGAGUGACCUUAAGGAAGCUCAGACAAGAAAGAAACGUCAUAUAUGCGAGGAUUGUGGGAAGGCCUUUAAUUACCCCUCAGAACUGACUGUUCACAAGAAAAUUCAUACAGGAGAGAAGCCAUAUAUAUGCCAGGAGUGUGGGAAGGCCUUCACUCGAUCUUCAAACCUUACUGUACACAAGAAAAUCCAUACAGGAGACAAGCCUUAUGCAUGUCGGGAGUGUGGGAAGGCUUUCAUUCGCUUCUCCAACCUUUCUGUGCACAUGAGUGUUCAUACAGGAGAGAAACCUUAUGCAUGUAAGGAGUGUGGGAAGGCCUUCACUUCAUCCUCAGACCUUAUCAAACAUAGGAAAAUUCAUACUGGAGAGAAACCGUAUACAUGCCAGGAGUGUGGGAAGGCAUUUGCUCGAUCCGCAAACCUUAGGGUGCACAAAAAAAUUCAUACGGGUGAUAAGCCUUAUACAUGUCAGGAGUGUGGGAAGGCCUUUACUCGAUCCUCAAACCUUAGUGAACACAUGAGUAUUCAUACAGGAGAGAAACCAUAUGCAUGUCAGGAGUGUGGAAAAGCCUUCACUUCCUCAUCAGUCCUUAUUAAACACAGAAGAAUUCAUUCUGGAGAGAAACCAUAUUCAUGUCAGGAGUGCGGGAGGGCUUUCUUUUUCUCCUCAAACCUUAUGAAACACAAGAAAACUCAUACUGGAGAGAAACCUUAUGUGUGUAAGCAAUGUGGGAAGGCCUUCAGUCAGUCUUCAAGUCUUACUAGCCACUGGAAUAUUCAUACUGGAGAGAAACCUUAUACUUGUAAGGAGUGUGGGAAGUCCUUCACUUCCCCCUCAUCCCUUAAUAAACAUAGGAGAAUUCAUUCUGGAGACAAAUCUGAGGUACGUAAGGAGUGUGGGAAGGCCUUGAAAUCCCCUUCAGAUCUUUUAAUCGAUAUGAAAAUUGUAUCAGGAGGGACUGAUUGAAAGUACAUUUGCCUUGCACACCAUCGACU